AAUCAUCGAACGCCAAGUAUUCGAUUUUCUCGGAUACAUGUGGGCGCCCAUAUUGGUCAACUUCUUUCACAUAAUAUUUAUCAUAUUGGGAUUUUAUGGAGCAUAUCAUUUUAGAAUAAAAUAUAUAAUAACCUAUUUAAUAUGGAGCUUCAUUUGGAUCGGCUGGAAUGCAUUUCUCAUAUGCUUUUAUCUGAAUGUAGGCGUAUUGGAUCGGGACAGCGAUCUGCUCAAUUUGGGCACCGGUAGCGUUUCCUGGUUCGAGGUGAACGGCUAUGGUUGCAAACCGACAUAUCCUGUGAAUAUCACCUCCGACGAUCCAUUUCGCCCCAUACGUCCGGAACGUGUGGAUGACUGCUUAUUAGAUUAUACUAUAGUUGAAGUAGUGGAGUCGGGUGUGCAAUGUGCUUUAGCGUUACUUGGUAUUUUAGGCGCCAUAUUAAUAAGUUACAUAUUCCUCGAUGAAGAUGACAGAUUCGAUUUCGUGAAUGGCGACGCCAAGAGUCCCCAGCACACGGUGGUCCAUCCAAUGUACGUGAGCUACAGCAGCAUACCGACCUCGGCAAGCGCUAGCGCCACAUUGCUCUCAAACAAGCAUCACAACAAUCACCAAGCACUUAGUAACAAUAACAACCACCACCAAAUUCAUCCGCAACAACAGCAACUGCAACUGCAGCAGCAACUCCAUCAUCAGCAACCAAAUAAUUUUAACAGUAACACAUUUCUAAUACACACGAACAGCAUCAGCAACAACAGCCAUAGCCAUAGCCAUAGCCAUAGCCGUAGUCAUAGUCAUAAUCAUAGUCAGAGCAAUAGUCGCAGUCGCAGCCGCAGCAAUAGCCAAAGUGGCGGCAUUGCCGGUAGUGGCGCGACUAGAAAGGGUCGUGGCGGCGGCGGCGGCGGUGAUGGCAACAGCAACUCGCUUAGUGCAAGCAAGAAUAGCACAUUAACUCGAAUACUUUACAGUCCGAAGAGUAGUAAUAAAAUCGGCUCAUCCACAAGCAAUACGAUUCAGCCGACAGAUAUGUUACAGCGGCAACAAUCGCUGCCACAAACGCAUACCACCACAAUGUCGCAAGGCGCGCAGCAUUAUUACGAUGAUAGCACUGCGAAGGCGGAUCAGCUGUAUACGAACAGCAAUCGACGACAGUUCUUGAAUGGUACAACAUAUCAGCAGCAACAGCAACAACAACAACAACAACAACAUGUUGGCACACCGAAUUCCUCAUCGCACGACAACACCACUUCGUCGCUCUCUUACGCCUCGUUACAAAAUUCCAAUUUGAAUUUGACGCAAAGUUUACGCGGUGUCGGUGGUGGACCAAGUGGUGGGUUUGGCUACUCGGGGGGAGGUAGUGUUAGUGGUGGCGGUGGCUGUGGUGGCAUGAGUAUGGGUGGUGGUGUAGGUUCAAGCUCUGGUGGCGGUGUAGGUGGCUUCGGUCGUGGCGGCGGCGGCAGUGCCAUGACAGCUGCCUCCUCACAAGCGACGCUCAGUCCGCUCAGCAAUAGCCAGUUCAGCCUCAGCAAUAGCCUCAACAAUAACUAUAGUAAUCAUAGUGGCAGUAACAACAACAACAACACUAAUAACAACAUCAAUGUGUUAAACAAUCAUACUAACUAUAUGAAUAACAAUAACGGCAGCGUGGGCAGCGGUGUUGGGGGCGGCCACUUUGCGCGCAUCCACGCCAAACCCAAGCCCCCUAAGUCGACAAGCUACAGUAGCUUCAUUAACAAUGGCAGCGCUGCAAAUCUCACUGGCGGUGGCGGUUCCAUGACUAAUGUCCAUCGUCCCGAUAUCAAGUACACGCAGAUGUCCAAUGAACGUUUGUCGCGUAACUUGGAAGAGGGUUUGGAGGAUGACAAUUUCUCGUUGCAAAACUUCAAAACCGACGAUGGCAUCACAUAUGUGCCGUUCCAAAAGCCAACGCCGGGUGCGCUCUUCGUUGGCCAGAAUAACAAUCCCUCUUAUGUGUCGUUGAAUUCAUAUGCUGGCACACAAAUGUCACCCAACAACAAUGCUAGUCCAAAUACGAUUAACAAUAAUGCGUUGCCGCAAUUUACGCGCAGCAUUUCACAAUUGGCGCCACCACCGUCGACGCCACCAUCUCUCCCAGAGAGCGGUGAGAUACUUUUGGAGCGUGGCGCAGUUCUGCAACCCGCCUACAACUAUCAGCCACAUCCCCAACAGCAAAUGCUGAUGAUGCAGGCGUCGGGUCCAACGCACAUGCAAACGCAGCCACCACGCGGCGUGCAGUCGCAUCCACAGUCACAACCACAGCCACUACUAAAUCCUGCCAAUCGUUUUCUGUAUCAGCAGAAUGGUUUACCAUUCCAUCCAGCCUACAAUAAGCCCAUUCCAGUGCCACCACCGGUGCCCACACAUACGUCGCCGCCCAUGCCUGCAUCAUCUUAUCACCACAUGAGCCCAGCCGUCAAACAACCGCCACGCCCUACAAACAUUCCAUUACCCACCAUUCCGCCACAUUCAUUCGAUACACCCAUUUCACCCUCGGAGGUUACACCACCACCACCUCCUGCGCCACGUCCACACAUUUUCCAACCGCGUUCGGGCCAUGCGCCCUACCCUGAUCUCUCACCCGAAGUGACUGAGAAGUAUGCCAUGCCCACACAAUAUGUACCGCGCUCACCGGUUGCUUCGCGUAUUGCGCGUCGCCAGCGUCAGCAACAGCAACCCUCGCAUAAUUACCAUCAUCAACCAGCACAGCCGGCGACGCAUCACGUGAAUACAUCAGCAAAUUUCUGUGAUCAGGUGCGUGAUGCGCCGCCUGGCUAUAUAGUGGACGCGGGCUUCAGCAUUGUGCGCGCCAAAAGUUACGAUCGAUUAGCUUCUGUGUCGUCGUCGUCGGGUUCGGUGCGACGCGAGGCGAAAGGUCAGGCUCAACAACAACAGGCCCAACAGGUGCAAGUUAAUGCCGAAGCGGCGCCGCAUGUAAAUCGGCGUAGCGGCCGACGUGAUGCCGCUGGUCGUGCGCGUCCACGCUCCUAUUGCAAUUCGAUGUCUGGUGGUGAGGGUGUAAUACGCGGUAGCUUAGUCUAUGAGCGCGAUUUUGCGGUCGAGAGUGCUGCUGGUGGUGGUAGUGGCAUAGAUGAGGGCUGUGGAAAUGUUGGCGGUGAUCAGUUGGCAUAGGCAGAGGCCGGUAAAGUGAGUAGUACAGUGUUGGAGACGCAAAAGUUGCGUAAUCUCAACGAUCGUACGCGGUAUUGAGGUAGUUUUUCGAAGCAGGAAUUCAAGAAGCGAGACAUUUUGUAGGCAGUGAAGUCUUAAUUGGGGCAAUGAAGUCGUAAUUGGGGCAGUUCAUUGUUAUGAAGGCGAGAGGAAUAGCUAGAACGAUCUUGCGUGUUAUAUUCCGCAUUCGUUAUUCGUAAAAUAAUUAAAUAAAUAACUAUAAUUGUAGACUGCGUAGAGAGUUGGGUGAUAGGAAAGUGAUUGAAAUGAACUGCAAGCACUCAAGAAAACGAACAAAAAUGUGGACUAAAAUAUUUUUAAGUAGUACAGAUCGGCUUAAUAAAUGUGAGAUGGCUCUUAUUUCUUUAGAACUUUCUCUUCAACAGAAGCUCUCGACCGCACGAUCCAAGCGAACUGUAUAGAUAGAACAUAGAGAAAAAUCCGGUAUACUAUGCAAUAAAAUAUCUCGAUGGUUCGAGUGGAGCUCGUUUCACAGUUCACGACCAAAUCUGUAAUUUGUCAUAAUCGGACUAUUAGCAUGGAAAAGUUUUCGUUUCAAAAUGCUUAGUUAGUUUUAUUACUCGAGCGAAAGUUUUAUGAAAAGACUUUUCAAUUUUCAAAACCGUUAUAUAUUGCACUUACUGCCUCUCCAAAGUCAUUGAGAACCGCCACUAUUUCCGUUACAGUAUUAAUCCUUCAAGUAGCAUUCAGUUCAUUUUGGUGUUUUAUCACUUCUCACUCGAAUCAUUGCCAUUUCAAACAUUUCAGUGUUCAUUUUUUAUUGCAUCUUUCAGCUCAUACGCAUAAACCCAAUCUCGCUCUCAUUUCCAAGUCAUUUCGUUCUUAUUAUUUAUAAUUUUUUUUUCUCGAUUUUAUUUUUAUUUCAACUAUUAAUUUCCAUUUUUUAGACUCGUAGACUAUGAUUGCUGAAUUGACAUUACUCAUAUGCGGAAAAGUGGUGGUUAACUGGUUGUUGAAGCUUCUCUCAAACUCCUCUCUCUCUCAGAUGCUUCUUCGCGCGCCUCUCUUCCUCGCAAAAUCUCAUUCAUGCCCUCAAACAUACACGCUCUCUUUUAAUCGAACAAUUAGCUCGGCUGCGCUCUCUGCCAUUUGCGCUGCCCUCAACAAAAUGUUGCACGGGCUGAUGUUGCUGUUGCUACUAAUGCGAUGUUGCUGCAAUAUAUUGCUAAGUGAAAACAAAUUACUAUGCCAAGUGGCUAGAACGAAGUAUGUAAAUGUUAUGCAAAUUCAAAAGGAAUUUGAAAAUUGUUAUACAAUUUUGUUUUAUGGCAUGACGAUGAUGAUUGCAAUGAAUGCAAGGAAAAAACUGAAAAUUCAUGUUGUGUACUAAAAAUGUGUUAAUCAAAGAAACCAACAAAAAAUGUUAAAAAAUAUUUGGUGUUGUUACUUUGUGUCUUAGAAUUUAUGUUGUUAACCUGCAUACGAACACACAAGCACAUAUAUACAUAUACACUAGUUUGUAUUGUAAAUUGACGAUGUAAAUUACUAUAUUAUUUAACGAAACAUACACACAUACUUAUCUACUUAUUUGUAUGUAUAUGUACAUAAUAUACACUAUAUAAAAUAACUUAGUUCUUAUAAUAAUACUGCAAUGGGUAUUUGAUUUAAUUUGAACGAACUUCAGGCUGAUGGCAAUAAUAUUUGCUUGGAAAGCUCACAAAGCUGGAGCCACAAAUCACAAUUAGAAAGUAGCUUAGAUUAAUACACAAUUUGAGGUGUUAAGCGCAAACGACGGUGUUAGCAACAUGUGCUCAGAAGUGUUGCGAGCGCUGAAAAGGUGGAAAAAAUGUAGAGAAGUGGGUGUAGACACAGCAACAUGUGUACAAAAUUGAUAUGUUGCGAGCGCUGAAAAGGUGGAAACAUGUUCUUAGAGAAGUGGUGGUACAGAAGUAAGGAGUUAGACACUAAAGUAGGAACGUAUCUUUGGAACGAGAUUAAUUAAAUAAAUAAUGAAAUAUUUUAUAAGUAAUACGUUUUUGAUAGCCAGUGAAAUUCCAGUGGUGCAUUAAUAGCUUUCAUUCACAUUAGAAAAUCGAUUGAGAGAAAAAUACGUAAAACGAAAAGAGUAAACAUUUUGGGGGAGAAAUAAAAAAAAUUUGUAAAACCAAGCGAACGAGGAUAUUUUACAAAACCAGUAAUAAAUGAAGACACAGAGUAGACAGAGACUGAGUAGAAAGAGAUAGCGACGAUGUCGACGUAGAUGGAGACACUGGUGGACAACGAUAAAGAUAAAGAUAAAGAUAAAGAAAAAGAUAAAUAUAAAUAUAAAUAUAAAUAUAAAGAUAAAUAUAAAUAUAAAUAUAAAUAUAAAUAUAAAGAUAAAGAUAAAGAUAAAGAUAAAGAUAAAGAUAAAGAUAAAGAUAAAGAUAAAGAUAAAGAUAAAGAUAAAGAUAAAGAUAAAGAUAAAGAUAAAGAUAAAGAUAAAAAUAAAGAUAAGGAUAAAGAUAAAGAUAAAUAUAAAGAUAAAGAUAAAAAUAAAAAUAAAGAAAGAUAAAGAUAAAGAACGAUAAAGAUAGAGAUAAAAAUAAAGAUAAAAAUAAAAAUAAAGAAAGAUAAAGAUAAAGAUAAAGAACGAUAAAGAUAGAGAUAAACUAAAGAUAAAAAUAAAAAUAAAGAUAAAGAUAAAGAACGAUAAAGAUAGAGAUAAACUAAAGAUAAAGAUAAAAAUAAAGAUAAAGAUAAAGGUACAGUUAAAUAUAAAGAUAAAGACAUAUACCCAAAGGAAUGGAGCUAAAAACCAGUUACAUAUACAGACAUAGACACAGAUACAAAUAUAUACACAGUUAAGAUAUAUACUGAUAAACAUACUUAUGUAGGUCCAAAUACAUACAGUGACCGACAAAAGUCUACAUACACUCCCCAUUUCCACUGGAUUGAAAGUUCAAAAACUUUACUGAAAAAUGUGUUUACAUAGUUUUAUUUGAAAGCUUUUUCUAAUCAUUAUAAAUUUAAAAAAAUCCAUACAUUAACAUAAAAUAGCAAAGCUAUGGCAAAAGAAACCUAAAACCAAAAGUCUACAUACAGUACACAAGUAUCGUACUCCAGUGUGAAAAACUUCACUUAACUCUAAGUAAUAUUGCUUCUUAGUAUUUAUUUGGUCCACCACCAUUAGCAUCAUUUAAACCUUGAAGCCGUCGUGGCAUCGAGGUGACUAAAUUUGUUAAAUCUGCAGAAGUUAUAUUGUUCCAAGCUUCUAUUAGUUGUUCUUUGAGCACUGAAGCAUUUGAAAUCAGAUUUUUUCUAAUUUUUCGAGGUAAAAUUUCCCAAACAUGUUCAAUAAUAUUCAAAUCUGGGCUUUGCGGUGGUGUAUUUAAUCGCCUUGGAGCAUGGUAAAGCAGCCAAUCCUUGACAAUGUGUGAUGUGUGCUUUGGAUAGUUAUCCUGUUGAAAGACCCAACCUGGACCAAGCUCCAAAUCAUCAACCGAAGAUUUCAGAUUGACUUCCUACGAUUUAAAACGAUCCAUAUUACCUUCAAUAAAUACUAAUCUUUCAACUCCAAAUGCAGCAACAGCCUCCAAACCAUUACAUUGCCGCCACGAUGCUUCACUGUUGGUAUCAAAUUCUUCGGACUCAGUGCAGUAUUUUUUUCCUCCACACUUUUGCUCUUCUAUCGCUAUCGAAUAUAUUAAACUUUGACUCAUUUGUAAACAAAACUUUUUGCCAAAAAUCCAUCCCCUUUUCCCUGUGUGCUUUGGCGAACUCCAGGCGAAAUUUACGGUUUCAGAAAUAAGAGGCUUUUUUCGUGGUGUUCUACUAUGAAAGUCGUUUUUGUUCAAAGCUCUUCGAAUUGUUCUUGAAUGAACACACUUGAUGGAUGAGCUUGCUAUAUCCUCGACCAAUUUCGGAGCAGAAACUUGUGGAUUUUUGUCCACCUCUUUUAGAAUCAAACAGACGUCUCUGCGAGAUAGUUUGCUCGGGCGGCCACUGCGCGGCUUAUUUUCGGUGGAACCACUAUUUUUAAAGUUUUUUACAAUGGUCUGAACUGUUGCACGACUUAAGUUUAAGAUUUUUGAAAUUUCGCCAUAUGAUUUUUUUUCUUUCCUGUAACGUCAACUGAUAUUUCUUUUCGAGGAGCCAUUGUAGAUGCUUAAGUAUUCAAAUUGUAACUAAAAUCAAUAUUAGCAAAGCAACAAACAUAAGAAAAGGAAAGAAAUAGACAAAAGGUAUUUUACCGUUAUCACAACAUAGGAUAUCAGAGUAGCAUAACUGUACUGUUUUAUGUUAAAGAAUGGAUUUGCUUUAGUUAAGUCGAUUAGAAAAAGAUUUCAAAUGAAAUUGCAUAAAUACAUUUUGAAGCAAAGUGAUUGUACUUUGUAAACAACGAAAGGGAAUAUGUAGACUACUGUCGGCCACUGUAAGUAGAUGAGGGUACAGAUAGACACAGAAAUGUAAAUACAUAUGCAAUCAGCGAUGCAGAGAUAAAUUAUAAUGAAACAUUUAUUACAAGUUUCCUUAAUCCUUUUCGAGCAAAAAGUUUUCUCUGAAUGAUAACCAAGUAAAUUUAUAUGUCUGUCUCUUUCAUGUUGUAAUUUAGAGUUGCAAGCUGAGAGUUUAAUAAUGAAAAGUUAGAGCAUUGAGCUUCACGCCCACUUUGGAGUACCGUUUGGAAAUUUAUAUUUAAUUUUUUGUAACUUGACUAUUCAAUUUGCGUCUCAAAGCAGUCACUCUGAUUGUGGAACGCAAAAAUACCUAUAAAUGGCGCGCAAUCUACUUUAGUAUAAAAAUUUGAUAUAUAUAUUUUUUUUUUUUAACUUUUUAUAAGUAAAUAAAUAUUUAAUCAAAUUUUGUUUUUAACAAAUUUCGAUCUCACUUGGAAAAAAUACAAAAUUAUAAAACACAGUGCUGCCAUUUUGAAACUUAGUUUCUCCAAAGCGAUUAUUCUGUAUAACUUAAAAAAUGUCUAUGGCCAUAUUUUAUAUAAAGUUACAUAGGUUUUUGAGCGGUCACAAAUUUGUUUACGUUUCUUUCAUUAAAAAUUUAAUACUAAAAUCAAAAAUAUUUAAAAAAAAUAUAUAAACAAAUACAUACGAAUACUCAAAAUCGGUUUUUAGGUUAGUAUUUUUUGACGGACUUGCAAAUCGCAAAAGUUAUUGGUGUAGUUAUGUCGCAACAAGAAUAAUAAUAAAGAUUGCCUUGUAGUUGAAGCGUAGAUAUGUAUGUAUUUAUUAAAAAGUAAACGUAAUUAUAAAGGAAAAAAAGAAAAAAAAAUUAUAAAAAUAAUGCGGCUCUCGUACGCGUGAAACGAGCGUAAAGCGAGUUGAAAUUUAUUUUUUAUUAAAAGUUUUUUGAGCGUUUAACUAAGAAAAAUAUAUUGAAAAAAGAAGAAAAAAAAACACUAAUCGAUGUUCUUUUAAUUUCAACUGUGAUAUAUAAACGAGAGUUGGAGUAUAUGAAACCUAAUGUAGAUGAGAAGAAAGCAAGGAGAAAUAUUUUGGUAGUAAAGUAAUAGAAAGUAGCGCCGAUGGGAAAGUUUACAAAUAUUUUGCAUAGAAAGCAAUUUACACAUUCAUUUACCUAUGACUGUAGUGCAGACUAUAUUAAACCGCUAUGUGAAAUGGGGAAAAGUAGAAAUGAAAUGCGUUUAGCUAACCUAGCCAUGUAAUGCUGUGUGCACACUUGGCAGUAAUGUGGCAGAAAGGGCGAGAUUUUGAAAAUCCAAAUUGAAUAGCAAAAAACGUAGUAAUAAAAGAAAAUACUUAUACGAAAUAUUUUAGCGAAAUUUUAACGUAAAGCCACAACUUCACCCAGUGUGAACACAGCUUUAUGUUGUGGGGAGUAUCAAAAUUGAAUGCAGGCAAAGCAAGAAAGAAUGCCGUUAAGCGAUGUAAAUGAGAAUCAAAAUUUUAUAUUUACAAAAUUCACACUCUGUAUAACUACUACGUAAAUAAAUAAAAAAAAAAAAUGUUUUCAAUCUAAAUUUAUUAAAAAACUGAAAUGUUGAUUUAAAAAAAAUAAUAAUAAUUUGUAGUUGCCUUUUUGCAUAACAAUAAUUGUAAUUGCACGUAAUUAAAACUUAAAGAAAAUAAGUAAAAUUAACAAAUUAAGAAAUAAACUAAGAAUUAAUAAAUAAAGGAAUUAAAGAAAAAAGUUAAAAAAAUCAGAUAUUAAAAAAAAAACACAAAAAAAGCAAGAAGUUUUGAACUGCAACUGCUCUAAAAACUAUCAUCAACCCUCAAACAUUUUUUGGUGUGUAGUUGUAACCCACACUUACACACACACACACACACACACUGUGUGCCAGCUAAUUUCGCCACUAACACUAGGGUGUGGCGAUGCAGUGUGUGAAAAUCCAGCAGCAUUUUCUCUGACAAAAAAAAACUAAAAACUAAAAAAAUAAAUUUCAUUAAAAACUAUACUAAACGAAAAACUUUAAAAUGUAGAGAAGCCUUGCAACACAACCAAAAUAAAUAGACUCAUAAAUGCCCACAUACAUAGACGAUACGUUUUUAUAAUUAAGCUUACCUACCAACACUCACACAAAACUAGUUAAAAGAAUUUUAAAUUGCUAAACGUAAACUGAAAAAUCAACUCACUACUACAUAAAUGUUGUUGUAACUACAUAAAACUCAAAGCAAAAUGAAUGCAGAACUUGAACUUAAAAAACUAAGCAUACAAAAAUUAAAAAAAUAAGCUGAGUAUCCAGCAUACAAACAAAGAAAUAAAUAAACUGAAAUCAGAAAGAAUAAGUAAGAAAUGAUGUUGCAAAUAAAUGUUUUUCUUUUUUCAAACUA